CACAGCUGCGGACGUGGAAACACCCAACUACUCCCAACCAACCAGGCUUGGAGCCGUCGAGUCGAAGGUUCUGGGCCACGCCGCCACAAAAGGGGAAGGAACAAGGCCUUCUUCGCCCCCGAUGCCUCCGCUGCUCACCUCACCCGCCUCCGCCUCCUCCCCUCUCCUCCUCGCCUCCCGCGUCGGCGCUCUCCACCACCGCGCCGCCGCCUCGGUCCACUUCCUCGCGCCGCGCAGGAAGACCCGCCCGAGCCCGACCCCGGGCCCCGCGAUGAGCUGGCUUGGGAAGCUGGGCCUGAGCGGGCUGGGCGGCAGCCCGCGCGCGUCGGAGGCGUCGGCGGCGCUGGCGCAGGGGCCCGACGAGGACCAGCCCGCGCCCGGGAACGAGUUCGCGCAGUUCGGCGCCGGCUGCUUCUGGGGCGUGGAGCUCGCGUUCCAGCGCGUGCCGGGAGUCACGCGCACCGAGGUCGGCUACAGCCAGGGCAACCUCCACGAGCCGACCUACGAGGACGUCUGCACCGGCGCCACGAACCACAACGAGGUCGUCCGCGUGCAGUACGACCCCGCCGCCUGCAAGUUCGACGACCUCCUCGACACCUUCUGGGCGCGCCACGACCCCACCACGCCCAACCGACAGGGCAAUGAUGUUGGAACCCAGUAUAGGUCAGGGAUCUACUUCUACACCCCGGAGCAAGAGAAGGCGGCAAGAGAAUCCCUGGAGAAGCAGCAGAAGCUUCUGAACCGGACAAUCGUCACUGAGAUUCUACCGGCGAAGAGGUUCUAUAGAGCAGAAGAGUACCAUCAGCAGUACCUGGAGAAGGGUGGCCGCUUCGGCUUCAGGCAGUCUGCAUCCAAGGGCUGCAAUGACCCCAUCCGUUGCUACGGAUGAUCCAAAUGGACCUCUACGUGCAUGGUGUGAAUCGUGCCUGAAUAAGGGAUGCAUCAAAGCCAGAUUUUAUACUGCUUUCCUAGAUUUGUUUGGCCACUAUUGAACGGCUGCAAGAGUUUAGCUAUAUAACAUGGUACUCCAAUCAUCGUGUACAAAACCAGGCUUGGGAACCUAAUAUAGUCCAUGCAAGUGCGAGUGAGAUUUAAGCUUAAACCGAUUCUUGUUGAAUUGUACCAGCUUUAAGAGCAAAACCGAUGGGAAGUUUGGAGUGAUAGUACUAGUAUAUUUCUGGAAAAUAUGUUUCUGAUUUCA